CGUUCGAAAGAUCGUCCAAAAUGGGACAAUCAAAUGGAAUUCCUGAUGUCCUGUAUCGCCACGUCUGUUGGCCUCGGUAACGUUUGGCGGUUUCCAUUCGUUGCUUACCAGAAUGGCGGUGGCGCUUUCCUUAUACCCUACAUUAUAGUCCUGAUUUUAAUUGGCAAACCUAUGUAUUACUUGGAAACAGUGCUGGGUCAAUUUAGUAGCAGUAAUUGUGUGAAAAUUUGGGGCCUUUCACCAGCUAUGAAAGGUACUGGAUACGCCCAGGCUUUAGGUGCUGGUUACGUGUUGUCUUAUUACGUCUCCAUUAUUGCUCUGUGUCUCUUCUAUCUGGCUAUGAGCUUUCAAGCCACACUGCCAUGGUCUGUAUGUCAGGAGGAGUGGAUAACAGAGUACAAUUGCAUUGAUGUAGACAAUGUGGUAGAUCCGGAUUCAAACGAAACUGCAACCAGCAGCGCCGAAUUAUAUUUCACACAUGUUGUACUACGGCAGUCGGAUGGCAUUCAUGAUGGUAUUGGGGCGCCAUUAUGGGACCUAUCACUAUGUUUACUAGCUUCCUGGCUCAUAAUAUUUUUCAUAGUAGCUCGCGGCGUUAAAAGCUCUGGAAAAGCCGCUUAUUUUCUUGCUAUAUUUCCGUACAUUGUCCUCUUCAUAUUAUUAAUAAGAGCCGUCACACUUGAAGGGGCUGGAAAAGGCAUUUUGUUCUUUAUAACACCUGACUGGGAUGAAAUCUUAAAAAUCAAGGUAUGGUACGCAGCGGUGACGCAAGUAUUCUUUUCUCUUUCCGUAUGCUCAGGCGCUCUUAUCAUGUUUGCUUCCUAUAAUGGAUUUAAACAAAAUGUAUACAGAGACUCCAUGAUUGUCACCACACUGGAUACUUUUACUAGUUUAAUAUCUGGUAUUACAAUAUUCGGCGUACUAGGCAACUUGGCUCAUCAGCUUGGGGAGCCUGAUAUUGGUAAGGUAGUCGGUUCCGGAGGGACAAGUUUAGCUUUUGUUUCCUACCCAGAUGCGAUAGCCAAAUCUCCGUUUGUUCCGCAGCUUUUCUCCGUUCUCUUCUUCUUGAUGAUGGGUGUGUUGGGUGUUGGGUCAGGAGUAGCGUUACUGUCCACUAUUAAUACUAUAUUACUGGAUGCUUUUCCAAGAAUUCCUACAAUUUAUAUGUCUACAAUGACAUGCACUGUAGGCUUCUUAGUGGGACUAAUUUAUGUAACGCCGGGUGGACAGUACAUAUUAGAGUUAGUAGAUUAUUAUGGAGGAACGUUUAUGAGGUUGUUUGCAGCCAUAGCGGAAACUAUUGGCGUUUUCUGGAUUUAUGGUCUGGAGAAUCUGUGUAUAGAUAUAGAAUUUAUGCUUGGCAUCAAAACGUCCUUUUAUUGGCGAAUUUGUUGGGCCAUCAUGACACCACUGAUGAUGAUCGCUGUGUUUUCGUACGCCAUGUACACCACGGAAGCUUUGAAGUUUGGUGGUGAAUAUAUAUAUCCAAGGGCAGCGUACAUUGCCGGUAACAGUAUGCAAUAUGUGGGGAUGGCUUUGAUUCCUCUAUUUAUUUUUAUAGCAUUUUGGAAAUACAGAUCUGACAACUGCGCCGAGACCGUAAAAACUUCCUUUAGAAAGAAACCCACUUAUGGUCCAAUAGAAACCGAAACCCGAGAUCAAUGGCGUGAAUUCCGUGAGGAAGUGAAAUAUGAUCGCGAAUUGAAACGUAAAAAUUGGCUACACCACAUUGGACUAAGUUUAAUUGGCGGGUAUCGAAGGAACGCAUGAGAUAUAUU